GAUCCAACGGCGAUGAUGGCGGCGGCAGCCGCCUUUACAAAAAUGAUCCAACACCAACGGCCGUAGCAUGGAGAGCAUCCAACCGCCGUCAACGGCGGCUCUGGUUGUCUCGUCUACUAAUGCGCGAAAGACUCCGAUUAUCCUGAGUGCAGUAUACGGAAGGAAGCAUUCGUGGACAAGUCUGUGCGCGGUCGCCUUUAUUGCUAGCUAUUUUUGGGUCGCCCGAACGAUCGAGGCCUUUUCAUGCAUUUCCUUUAACCGUGCUCAAUAUCGGUCGGUCUCUGUAACGUUGCCGUCUGCCUUGUUUCGGAAUGGAAAUAUUCUGCGGGCAUCUCCGUCAGAUUACGUACACUCGUUUCAAUCGAACGCAACACGGACUAGUGCAAAAAAUAGGUCGAUACCGCUGCACAACCCUCAAAACAUGACGGUCAUACGGAAGCAAAGUGCUCGAAAAUCAGCGUUGCAACGUUCCUCGCAGAAACGACCCAUCCUUGCGCGACUUGGACAACUGCGCAAUCGUGUCCGGGCCAACCAGACAAGCCCAGUAGGGAUUGACGGGUCAAUGGGAUUGCCAUCGCAGCGAGAAUGUGAUCAAGUACUAGCGGAUUGUGUGGCUCUGGAUGAAUGGGAAUUGGUUCUAGAGACUCUCGAUUUGAUGAAAUCAGUUGGGCUCUCACAGCAACAUUCCACCUAUCUUGCCUGCCUCGAGGCUUGUUUCCCCGUCGCCAACGCGGCGUCAGCCAAAGAAAUACUCUACGCAAUGGAGCAGGCCGGGGUAGAAGUGACAGCGGACGAUAUAGUUUGGGCCAUUCUCAUAUAUUGUCGCGCGUCUAGCAUGAGGCCAAGGAACGAUCCUGUAUGGUUGCCGCUCGCACUUCAACUGAUCCAGGAACAUCCGAACGUUUCUGUGGCAGCAUACGAUGCCGUCUUGUCGUGCAUGGUCGAAACGAAACAGUGGAAAGAGGCGGUCCGACUAUUGCGAGGAAUGGAACAACAAGGUUCCACUGGUCCAGCCCUUUCUACAUAUCGAUUUGUUUUGGAAAGCUGUGUAGCUAGCGAUCAACCCACACAGGCGGUUCAAGUACUCCAGUCGUGUAUUCAUCAUGGUCUAGUGCCAACCCUCUAUUCGUUCGAACUUGUCAUCGGCGCAUUAGCCCAGAAAAUGCAGUGGCGUCGAGCACUACAACUCGUUGAGUUGAUGCGUCAGAUUGACGUAUCACCCAACUUGGUCGUUUACAAUGCCGUACUUUCGGCAUGUUCCAAAGCCAAGGAAUUCUUACCCGCGCGGCGACUCCUACAUCAAAUGCGUAGGGAAGGCGUUCAGCCAAGCAUUCGGUCUUUCAAUGCCGUGAUUGCGGCUUGCGCCAGCGCGGGCCAAUGGCAGGAUGCUAUACAGGUUUUGGAUCAAUGUCAUCGAGAACCCGGAAUUCAACCGGACAUUUAUACCUACACCAACGUCAUGCGCGCCUGUGCAAAAGCUGGCAAAACUCGCAAAGCACUGACACUGCUUCAAGUGAUCAAGGAUAAAAAGUUGCCGCUGGAUGCGUACGCCUACACUGCCGCCAUCGAGGCUUGUGCGAAGGCAACUCUUCGUAUUGCCAAGCGAGCUGACUUGGCUUUUGAUUUAUGGGCCGAGAUGGUUGAUACAAAGCCUUUCGAAGUAAAUUCGAUUGCUGUAGCCAAACUUGACGAGGUCAGCACUCCUGAUAUCAUUACUGUUACAGAUGCAAUCGGGGCCCUUUCUUCUGCUUCAGACACAGUAGAGGACCGAUAUCGUGUUGAUAAAGUCUUUGCAGAAGCUGUGCGGCGUAAUAUCGUCCUUCGCAGCGAUACCCUGGAUUCCAAAUGGGAAAUCGAUUUAUCUGGAAUGUCGUUUCCUGUAGCGCGGGCCGCUUGUCGCUACGUUAUAACGAGCAUCAGUAAAAGCACAAGCAACCGCGAAUUUGAAGACCUGACCUUCAUUACUGGUGUCGGUGUUGGAAAAAGCUUUUACAAAGGCUCAAACGGGGUCCCCGAUUUGCCAACGCAGCAAACUUCUCUGCAAAAAUAUGUGCAGCAGAUCUUGAUAUCUGAUUUUCACCCAGAAAUUGAGUCUUAUGUUCCGAGUCUAGCGAAGGGAACAAUCUGCAUCGGUUCCGAAAGUAUUUGCAAAUGGGCAGAAAGACAGUAAGGCCAAUCAAUCUACCAAAUUUUUUUAAAAAUAGAGCCUAUCACUUAACAC